AUGGUUGACGACUCUGUCCUCGCCGCGGCUUCCCAAGUCGUCUCCUCUCUUGCUGCCGACGCCAAGACGGCCUCCUCGCUGACCGUCUCCCUUGGUUCCAAGAUCAAACUUCCUGGGGAUGAUUCACCUGCCAAGAAGUGUUUUGAAUUCGAGUUGCAAAAGCUCGCACUGAGAAUCGCUCACCUCGAGCGGAGGGCUGCCGCCGCUCCUCCUGCUUCGCUCCCCGAAACUCCAAACGAAUGCAACGACCCUGUCUUUGGCGAGGAUCCCGCUGUCACCCCCGCUGUCCGCGCUGCCAAGGCAAAGCUUCUUCAGGCUAAUCCUGGCCUGGAUAGCUCUCGUUUCGGUGGCCACAUUACAAAACAGCAGCUCGAGGGCCUUCGUGAGCACGUCGAUGGUCAGUCAAAGCUUCUCGACAACCAACGUCAUGAGCUGGAUGGUGUCAAUGCUCAGCUUCUCGAGCAGAAGCACCUUCAGGAGCGUGCUCUCGAGGUCCUUGAGCAGGAACGCGUCGCUACCCUCGAGCGAGAACUGUGGAAGCAUCAAAAAGCGAAUGAGGCCUUCCAGAAGGCUCUUCGCGAAAUCGGUGAAAUUAUCACAGCCGUUGCCCGCGGUAACCUGACCAUGAAGGUCCGCAUGAACACUGUCGAAAUGGACCCCGAAAUCACCACCUUCAAACGCACCAUCAACGCCAUGAUGGAUCAGCUGCAAAUUUUUGCCUCGGAAGUAUCUCGCGUCGCCCGUGAAGUCGGUACCGAGGGUCUACUCGGUGGUCAGGCCCGCAUUGGCGUUCGCGAAAUUGCCUCCGUCACUACCGCCGUCGCACAUGGAGAUUUGACCAAAAAGAUUGAACGACCUGCUCGUGGAGAAAUUCUUCAGCUCCAGCAAACCAUCAACACUAUGGUGGACCAGCUUAGAACAUUCGCAUCCGAGGUCACGCGCGUGGCCAGAGACGUCGGCACCGAGGGUAUCCUUGGCGGUCAAGCCGAUGUUGGAGGAGUUAAGGGCAUGUGGAACGACUUAACUGUCAACGUCAAUGCAAUGGCCAAUAACUUGACGACACAAGUACGUGACAUUAUUAAGGUCACGACGGCUGUCGCCAAGGGUGAUCUCACCCAAAAAGUUCAGGCCGAUUGCCGAGGAGAAAUCUUCGAGCUCAAGUCCACCAUCAACUCCAUGGUCGACCAGCUUUCCCAGUUUGCCCGCGAAGUUACCAAGAUUGCAAGAGAAGUCGGUACUGAAGGUCGACUUGGUGGCCAGGCCACCGUUCAUGAUGUUGAAGGUACAUGGCGCGAUCUCACCGAGAACGUCAACGGCAUGGCCAUGAACCUCACUACCCAAGUGCGAGAAAUCGCAAAGGUCACCACCGCCGUCGCCAAGGGCGAUCUCACAAAAAAGAUUGGUGUGGAGGUUCAGGGAGAAAUCUUGGAACUCAAAAAUACAAUCAACCAGAUGGUUGACCGUCUCGGUACCUUUGCCGUCGAAGUCAGUAAAGUCGCCCGCGAAGUCGGUACCGAAGGAACUCUUGGCGGCCAGGCCCAGGUCGCCAACGUCGAGGGCAAAUGGAAAGAUCUCACUGAAAAUGUGAACACCAUGGCCUCCAACCUCACAGUACAAGUCAGAAGCAUUUCAGCCGUCACACAAGCCAUUGCUAAUGGCGACAUGAGCCGAACCAUUGAUGUCGAAGCAAACGGAGAAAUCAAGGUUCUAAAGGAAACCAUCAAUAACAUGGUUGGUCGACUCUCGAGCUUCUGCUACGAAGUCCAAAGAGUCGCAAAGGACGUCGGUGUCGACGGCAAGAUGGGUGCCCAAGCUGACAUUGCUGGGCUGAAUGGACGAUGGAAAGAAAUCACAACAGACGUAAACACCAUGGCUGCCAACCUGACAACCCAAGUACGUGCCUUCUCCGACAUUACAAAUCUAGCAACGGACGGAGACUUUACCAAGCUCGUCGACGUCGAGGCCUCUGGCGAAAUGGAUGAAUUGAAGCGCAAAAUCAAUCAAAUGAUAUCAAAUCUACGAGACAGUAUCCAGCGAAAUACGCAAGCCAGAGAGGCUGCCGAACUGGCCAACAAAACCAAGUCCGAGUUCCUUGCCAACAUGUCUCAUGAAAUUCGAACGCCCAUGAAUGGAAUCAUUGGCAUGACGCAGCUGACUUUGGAUACCGACCUGACACAGUAUCAGAGGGAAAUGCUGAACAUUGUCAAUAACCUUGCAAAUAGCCUCCUGACGAUCAUUGAUGAUAUUCUGGACUUGUCCAAGAUUGAGGCCCGGAGAAUGGUUAUUGAAGAGAUCCCGUAUACGUUACGUGGAACCGUAUUCAAUGCUCUCAAGACCCUGGCAGUCAAGGCCAACGAAAAAUUCCUGGACCUCACCUACAAGGUCGACAGUUCUGUCCCCGAUCACGUCGUUGGUGACAGCUUUCGACUCCGACAGAUUAUUCUCAAUCUCGUGGGCAACGCCAUCAAGUUUACCGAGCAUGGUGAGGUAAGCCUCAUUAUCAAGAAGAGCACUGUGGCCGAGCAAGUUGGACCUGGCGAGUACGCCAUUGAAUUUGUCGUUGAAGACACGGGUAUCGGCAUUGCUAAAGACAAGCUGGAUCUCAUCUUUGACACAUUCCAGCAAGCCGAUGGUUCCAUGACGCGCAAGUUUGGCGGCACAGGUCUCGGUCUGUCCAUCUCAAAGAGAUUGGUCAAUCUCAUGGGCGGUGACCUUUGGGUCAACAGUGAAGCUGGUCGAGGCAGUCAAUUCCACUUUACCUGUCGUGUCAAGCUCGCAUCGGAUGAUACUGAUAGCCUCUACAAGCAGCUGGAGCCCUAUCGCGGUCACCAAGUUCUCUUUGUCGACAGGGCUCAAUCCAGCUCCGGCAUCGAGAUCCGUGCCAUGCUAGAGGAGAUUGGCAUGCACCCUGUUGUCGUCGACUCAGAGAAGAGCUCUGCCUUGACGAGACUCAAGUCCGGCGGCGCCUUGCCGUAUGAUGCCAUCCUCGUCGAUUCCAUCGAGAUGGCGCGAAGACUUCGUGCCGUCGACGACUUCAAGUAUCUUCCCAUUGUUUUGCUCGCCCCCGUCGUGCAUGUCGCCCUCAAGUCAUGCCUGGAUUUGGGUAUAUCCUCUUGCAUGACUACGCCAUGCAAACUCAUUGACUUGGGCAACGGCAUGAUUCCUGCGCUAGAGAACCGAGCAACGCCAACCCUGGCAGACAACACCAAGUCUUUUGAGAUUCUACUGGCCGAAGACAAUACCGUGAACCAAAGAUUGGCCGUCAAGAUUCUAGAAAAGUACCAUCAUGUUGUCACGGUAGCCGGCAAUGGCUGGGAGGCGGUCGAGGCCGUCAAGGAGAAGAAGUUUGACGUCAUCUUGAUGGAUGUUCAGAUGCCAAUCAUGGGUGGUUUCGAGGCGACUGGCAAGAUUCGGGAAUACGAACGCAGCAUGGGCUCACAUCGCACACCCAUCAUUGCCUUGACUGCUCAUGCAAUGAUGGGACAUCGCGAAAAGUGCAUUCAGGCUCAGAUGGACGAGUACUUGUCCAAACCGCUCCAGCAAAAUCAGCUCAUUCAGACCAUUCUCAAGUGUGCAACCCUUGGAGGACCGCUUUUGGAGAAGAAUCGUGAGCGCGAACUACUUGUCAUGCAGGCAGACGCAAACUCGUCGCUACACAAGGAGGAUAGCGGAUUGCUGCGUCCGGCCAUGGAGAGUCGCUCGUUUACCUCGCGAGAGCCCAUGAGAUCCAGGGAAGCGGCUGCGGCCAAUGGCUACGAUGCGAGCUCGUCAAGGCAAGACGCAAUCUCGAGAACGCGGCAAGAAAUGGCUGAUACCCGGAGACUCUCCAACUAG